AUGCGAUUUUCGGCGCUAACUUCGGGUACACAAAUCCUUCCUCACUGUGGUGCGACAAAUAGUCGUUUACAAGCACAUUUGGGCUUGAUUGUCCCCUCAGAAGCAAGAAUAAGGGUAGGUAACGAGCAACGCGGAUGGAAAACUGGGAAGUUCAUCAUAUUUGACGACUCAUUCGAACAUGAGUUGCAAUUCGAAGGAGCAUCCUCGUCCUCCCUACGCCUGAUCCUCCUGAUUGAUCUCUGGCAUCCGGAAGUCGAGUCGCAAAAGCGAACUGCUCCCGAGGAUGACUGA